AUGUGGCCCGAGCGACACGAAGAGCGAGUAAUCAUCAUAAGUUCUAAAGACAGUGACCACACCUUUUCUGAUGCAGAGAAUGCCCUUCAUCAAAUAGCCAGUCUUGUUCUAAAGGCAACACAACUAUAUGAAGCUAUAAUGCAACUAAAGUAUCACAACAAU